AUGUCCUCUCCACCAAACUCCGAUGGAAAUGAUGCCAUUGUGGUUGGCCUAGAUGAUGUUCGUGACUUCAAUGUGGACAACAUCCUUCCUCUCCCUCCCGCCGACAUUGUUGCGAUCAGGAAAUGGCUUCAGCCAACCGCAUAUGACCUGGAGCGAAGUGAAUACUCUAGACACCGUCUCUCAUAUCUUGCGGGAACGGGAAAGUGGCUCACCUCCACAACAACAUUUCAACAGUGGCGCCAAGGCGACGAAGAUGGGCUGUUGUGGGUCAAAGGUAUCCCAGGCUCCGGCAAGUCUGUCCUAGCAGCUUCAAUUAUCAAUCAGUUACAAAAGGAUGGCAUCCCAGUUAUCUUUUUCUUUUUCAGGCAGAUCAUCGACGCCAACCAUCAGCCGGUGUCUGCCCUGCGGGAUUGGUUAUGUCAACUUUUGGAUUACAGCCCUGCUCUGCAAGUCAAGCUGAAGAGUUAUAUUGACAAUCACCGUGAUUUGGACAGCUUGUCCCCAACCGAUCUCUGGAAAGACCUGAAGCUGGCACUAGCCACAUUCCCCCAGGCCUACUGUGUCACGGACGCUUUGGAUGAGAUGGAUCAGGGGAAUGAUGAGUUCCUCCACGCUUUGGUGGAUUUGGGCCAGUGGCGCCCGUCUAAUGUCAAGGUUUUCAUCACGUCGCGCCCAGUAUCAAUAGUAGAAAAUUCCUUGAGGUCAUUCUCCAUUCCCCAGAUUCGAUUGGAAGAGAAACUCGUCGAUCUCGACAUCGCAGCCUAUGUACAAUACAAACUUCGCCACUCAUCGAUCGCUCCUGAAUCCUGGAGUGUCAUAGAGGACGCCAUUCCUGGUCGGGCGAAUGGGCUCUUCUUGUAUGCCAAGCUUUCAAUGGAUGCGUUUCUUGAGCCAGGUGCCGAUGCAAAUGAGGUGCUCAAGGUAUUGCCAGCUGACUUGAACGUCAUGUACAAUAACCUGUUGCACGAACACGCAAUACGCUCGGCUGUUCCCGAGGACUUGCAACUUCUUGUGUUGCAGUUUGUCACACAUGCCACACGCCCACUCCGUAUUCUUGAGAUCGCUGAAAUGGCGAAAAGCGUCCAAGUUCCAACUGCAGACCGCAGUCUGAAAGAGACAAAAGACUUGGUGCGGGCAGCUUGUGGCCCGUUGCUCGAAAUUCUUCCCGAUGAGACGGUCUCGGUCGUUCACCACUCAUUCACCGAGUUCUUGAAAGGAUUCACUCGUUCAAGCGAGUCGGACGAUACGACAUAUCCGAUCCUUCAACCGGGCUCGACAAACAAAUGCCUGGCUAUUGCGUGCUUGGGGUAUCUCCGGUCUGGCUGCCUGGUUGAUCACCAAAUGAAGGAAACUAUCGACAAAUGGGAAUACGUAUACCCCAAAGAUGACGAUCAAAGAGAACUGAAGCUCCGGUUCCCGUUCCUAGAAUAUGCAGCACAUAAUUGGUACAUUCACAUUCGUCGCGCAGUCUCAGCGGGUGAAGAUAUGGCACUUGUCUACACUAUGCUUGAUGAUUUCUUCGCGGAAAGUCGGAUGUUCACCCGUUGGCGAGUUAUGGCAUGGCCGAAAGCUGCAACCCGGGGCAUCACCGCGCUUCAUGUCGCUGCGUGGGCUGGCUUGGCUGGAUACGCCGCACACUUACUUGAAAAAGGAGACAUUAUAGAAGCGCGAGAUGCUUCCGAAAAUACAGCUUUAUACUGGGCUGCCACUUCCGGCCACCACGACGUGGUACAGCUUUUGCUUGCCAACGGAGCUGACCCGAACGCAGAACACAAGGAAGGAUACAACGCACUGCAUAUGGCAGCUAAAAAGAAUCACGCUGCAGUAGCGAAACUUUUGCUCACUGCUGGCAUUGACCCGCUCACCCCCAAGACGAAAGAGACACCUGGAAGGAGGUGUGGGAACGCACGCAGAUCAUGCGGAAAUACACCCCUUAUGUACGCAUGUUAUAAUGGCCAUGCGGAGACAGUUGCCGAGUUCCUACCUUUUUUGAAAAAUAUUCACACUUGUCACCAAGCCCUUUCCUGGGCGGCGAAUGCGGGGCAAUGUGCAGUGGUUGAGUUGAUCAUUCAACAUCCAGGUGUUGAUGUAAACGGGACAUGCCAAGGACAUACUGCUCUUUUUGCGGCCUGUUGUGGUGGCGGAGAUGUAAACACCAUUCGUGCAUUGUUGCGAGCGGGAGCCGAUCCAAACAUAUUGUGUGCACACGUAGGAAAGAUGAUUCCUAGGUCCCUGCGCAGCUCAAACAAUCAUGCGGGCCAAGAUCCUACAAGGGGGAAUACCGCUUUACAUGCCAUUUGUGGAUCCGGCAAGAUUGGAGGCACAGUCUCGUCAGCGGGCGUGGAGUCUCUGCUUCAGGCAGGGGCCAAUGUUCAUGUACGAAGUCCUACAGGCAAAACGGCCCUGCACUAUGCCUGCGAUUACCACAAAGCAGAUGUGGUCAAGAUGUUACUCGAAGCUGGUGCAGAUCCUAUGGCAGAAGAUGAUUCUGGGGCUACACCAUUACACACAGAAGGACAGAGAGAUGAAGAACUGCUUCCUGUGCUUUUGGGCACAGGGGCAGUCGAUAUCAACAAGGCCAUUGGCAAAACUAAAAGGACUCCAUUAUUAUUUCGGCUUCAGGGCUUUAAUAUGGACCGAGUACUUGCUUUCUUGGAGUAUAAGCCUGAUGUCAAUAUCGCUGACAACUCGGGCAAUGGUCCGCUACACAAGGUUCUCGCACACUAUGAGACUCAUGGCAGUGUUAUAGAUGCCUUGCUAUCUCUAGGCGCCAAUCCAAAUGCGAUGAACAACGAAGGAAAUACCCCGUUGCACACCAUGAAUGGUAAAAAUAGCCUGUUCAUUUCCAAGCUCGUUGAUGCCGGUGCAGACCUAGAAGCUCGAAAUCACGAUGGCUAUACAGUUCUUUUCAAACAUGCCAAUGAAGGGCCCUUUCAGACAUUGAUUGAUCUAGGCGCUUGCCUCGAUACGCGGGACUCUACUGGCCGAACUCUGUUGCAUCGAUGUUGUACUAACACCGAUCGCUUGGACUAUCUGAUAAGUCUCGGCCUUGAUCCUUUAGCCACAGAUCACCAAGGCAACUCGCUUUUGAUGGAGGUUGCCGCUACCAGCAAUUACAAACAGACCGCUAUUAUGAGGCAUCUGGUAGGACUAGGUUUGGACAUAGAUCAAGCAAACCAUUGUGGGAGGACCGCCCUGCAUGUCCUGUGUGCUGGCGUCAAACUUUCAUCCUCGUCAGAAGAAGAGAAUAGCCUGGAUUAUUUGCUUGGAGUCUGCAAGAGCGUUAAUUCUAGUGAUUGUCACGGUGUUCAGCCGUUGCACCUCGCCGCUACAAUAUCUGAGUCCCACGUUCUGAAGCUUCUCAGUGCCGGUGCAGACAUGUUCAAAGUAACAAAUGAAGGAAUGUCAGUGCUCCAUAUAGCAGCCCGCACCCGCCAGCCCAAUAUCGUGGCUCUCUUCUGCUCUAGACUUACAGCACUUGAAGCGAAAGAUCGAAUUGCAUUUGUGAACCAACAGAACACCGGAGGGGAAACAGCCCUUCACUAUGCUUGCCGUUCAGGUCGCCCUGAGACUGUCCAACAAUUACUCGACGCUGGUGCCCAUUCCACCAUAUUGGACAGCGGAGAUCGUUCACCUUUCAGAGCAUGUGCGCAGUUUGAGGCAGAAGAACAACUAUGGAGCGGUCGUAGGAAGAUAACGCGGACGUAUUACCUUCAUGCAGCGGGCGUUCUGAUCAGCGAUCACCAACGGCCGUUCUUUGAUCCCCCCGAUAGGGAUGAGGAUUAUGGCGUACAGGAUACGGAGCAUGAUACAGUUCGUCUAGAUGAGAUUCUGGAUUUACUUGUUCGCCAUGAAGCUCUCUUGCCCGGUAAGGAUUGUCUUCAAAAGACGUUUAAUGAGGCUAUUUCGAAUGGGUACGAAUACACUCUGGAUGCUCUCUCACGGCUGCAAUCUCGCCUUCCCGACGUGAAACCAUAUCACCCCUAUGGGCUCAGCUAUCUCAUUUGCAAAGGCCGUCUGGAUGCAACGAAACAAGCGUUUAGAGAGUACGACGGACAGGUCUCUACAGUCUUCACUGGGCAUGCUUACGCCGCCUUUAUGACAAAGUUAAUGUUUGCCAGGCAGUACGACUUGUUUGAAGAGGGAACAGAAAAGAAGCUUAGUGUAUCCCAACUCAGUCACUCCGAUGGCUCUUUAAUGCAUCGUCUUGUAGGCUGGGGAUAUAAAGAGCUGCUGGAACGUGUUUGUGAUAAGGAUGCUGCACUGAGGUUUGAUGAUCACAAAUGGUGCCAAGAGGCAGAAACGGAACAAAAUUGCACUGGAGAACCUACGCAGCCUCUACUGGUGACUGCAUGUGAUCGCAAUUUGCCCAACAUGGAUGUGGUAGAAUUCCUUGUUGAGAAGGUCGGCGUCAACCUCAAUGCUCAAUUCAGGAAGAGCUCGGUAUGGGAGGAGACCAAAACGGCCGGAGGAGUUCUUCAUAAGCUCGUACUCGGGCACAGCUGGUGGCAGGUUUACAAAGCAUUGCCGUAUUUGAUCAAAAAGGGAGCAGACCUUGAACUGCGUAGUGAGGUUGGAGUGACACCAUUACAAGCAGCCAUGAAUCCUCAACAUGGUUCCUUCCGCAAAGAUGCCGUUGAGAUUCUCAUCGAGUGCGGCGCAGAUGUCAAUGCCGUGGAUGACAAAGGAGAGACAUGUUUGUCAAAAGCCGGUAAUGAUCUAGAGAUGACCCGGCUACUCAUAGAUCACGGCGCCCAUAUUAGCGCAGCAGCCAUUUUUUCUGCGAUUGCAAUGGGCGAAAUUGAGGUAUUGGAAACAUUGCUGUCCCGGGGUGAUUACGCAAAUCUCAGGCGACCUGAGCCAGUUACUCCUCGGGAAGAAAGCGAACUCAAGCUCAAUAUUCUUGAUUCCGAAGUCUCGCCUCUUCUCUUUGUCGCUAUCCCUGAUCUGCGAUCCAGCAAGUAUAACUAUAACAAGCCACCAUCCCGUUCGAAAGAUGUGGAUGAGAAUUUACUCGACGCCCGUAUCAUGACAAUACUACUCAAUCACGGCGCAGAUCCAUUUGCCACAUAUGUCGGGGAGCUCUCAUGUCCUGGAUACGCCAUGGAGGAACCAGGCUCAGACCUGGAUGAGCCUAAUAUCUCGCACCCGCAGAUUGAACCCCAAAGACACACUAUCAUCCAUGAAAUUCUGAAAUCGGAGCACAUAAGUGGGCCAUUCUUUCAAUUACCAUUGUUAGAGCUUGAGCGACGGGAUUCAAGCGGUUGCACAUUACUUCUUGCAGCUUCCCAGAGCCAGAAAACCCUGAACACCAGAGUGGAUUCUAUUGGAGCUGGGACAACCAUUACAAAAACCAUUUUCCAAGAGCUCAUAGAUCGCGGUGCAAAUGCCAUGGCACAGGAUAACGAUGGCAAUACCAUCCUCCACCAUCUGGAAUCCUUCAGGGCUGACUCAGAGUUGUUCAAAACUCUCAAGGAAGUUAUGAUAAAGAAUCCAAGUCUUCUCAAUCUGCCAAAUAAGAAAGGUGAAACAUUCUUCCACCGCAUCCUGAUUUUAGAAGACUUCGAUCUUAUUGAUGAUCUUCUCGAACUGGGUGCUGAUCCUCUCCAGCCAGACUCAAAUGGAAACACGGCGCUUCAUCAUUUGGCUGAGCACCUCGGCGAGUCCCAGAGUCACUUCAAGCGGUUCCUAGAAGCGGGCGUGGAUAUCAACUCUCGCAACAACCAGGGCGACACACCUCUCUUCAAAUAUAUCGAUAAUGGCGUGGUAUCCCCCAGGAGGUACUGGGAUGAUGGUUCUUAUGAAAAGGAAGAUGACCUCGCCGAAGCCAUCUUCAACCUCUUCGACGAGGCUGGAGCUGACUUCUUCGCACAAAACAAUGCAGGCUCCACAUUGCUUCAUUUGUUAGCCUCUAAGAAGAUAGGUAACUGGCGUGCUGAGGAAUCCUCUCACGAUGUGGUCCAGCGAUUCCAGAUUCUGAUGGAUCGGGGACUUGAUCCGUUGGCCGAGGAUGCACGCCAGCGGACCAGUUUGGAUGUUGCUGCUGUUUGUGGUAGUGACCAUAUCAUGCAAUUAUUCGCACGAAAGCCGAUGGAGUAA